GACCGGCUCAAGAGCAACCAACAGUGGGCACUUGGCAAAGAGGCAGCCAGAGUCGCGAGAGGCCAACGGGGGCUCAGGGAGGAGACGCAGCGGCAGAAGAUGCAACUGAGAAUCUUAGAAGAUAAAUAUGACUGAAGCAACUAAGGAUCAAGACAAACUUUUCACAUAAUUUUCCCUGGAUGCCCAUUUUAGGGAGAAACUGUCAAGCUGCAGUAGACUUGGUGUCUGUCUGGCUUGGCCAAGAUGGGUGACUGGAGCUUCCUGGGAGAGUUCCUGGAGGAAGUACACAAGCACUCCACGGUGAUCGGCAAGGUCUGGCUCACUGUGCUGUUCAUAUUCCGCAUGCUGGUGCUGGGCACCGCUGCUGAGUCUUCCUGGGGGGACGAGAAGGCUGAUUUCCAGUGCGACACAAUCCAGCCAGGCUGCGAGAAUGUCUGCUACGACCAAGCCUUCCCCAUCUCCCACAUCCGCUUCUGGGUGCUGCAGAUCAUCUUCGUCUCCACGCCGUCCCUGGUGUACAUGGGCCACGCCAUGCACACGGUGCGUAUGCAGGAGAAACGGAAGCUGCGGGAGACCCAGGGCACCAAAGAGGGGCGAGGCGCCGGCUCCUACGAGUACCCAGCUGCCGAGAAGACGGAGCUGUCCUGCUGGGAGGAGGUGAAUGGACGGAUUGUCCUCCAGGGCACUCUACUCCACACCUACGUGUGCAGCAUCAUCAUCCGCACCACCACGGAGGUGGCCUUCAUCGUGGGCCAGUACCUCCUCUAUGGGAUCUUCCUUGACACCCUCCACGUCUGCCGCAGGAGUCCCUGCCCGCACCCCGUCAACUGCUACAUUUCCCGGCCCACUGAGAAGAACGUCUUCAUUGUCUUCAUGCUGGCUGUAGCUGGGCUAUCCCUUUUACUCAGCCUUGCUGAACUCUACCAUCUGGGCUGGAAGAAGAUCAGACAGCUCUUCGCCAAGUCGCAGCAGAGCACCAGCCAGCAUCACCUGCCCGGCUGCUCUGCAGGCACAACCCAGAACUGCACCCCUCCACCUGACUUCAGUCAAUGCUUGGCAAAUGGACCUGGGGGGAAAUUCUUUGGUCGCUUCAGUAACAAUAUGGCCUCCCAGCAGAACACAGACAACCUGGCCACCGAGCAGGUGCAGGGCCAGGAGCCGGGUCACAUCCACUAUGACCAGAAACCCGAGGUGCCCACUGAAGUCUCACCAGGCCACCACCCUACUCAUGGCUACCACAGUGACAAACGCCGGCUUAGCAAGGCCAGCAGUAAGGCCAGGUCAGAUGACUUGUCAGUGUGACCAUUCACUGAGAGAGGACCACAAUCCACUGGGAAUAAAAGAGUCACAGAAAGGGAAAGGGUGGCCCAUGCUCUUAUCCUCCUGGUUGCUCUGCUUCUUUGGGUCUUGGGCCUCAGAGGCAUUCCUUGUUUAUGCCCAAAGGUGUAACCAGGGCUCCAAGAGUGUGGCUCAGACAUGGCCACCCUCUUGACUCCUGUCCUGUCCCAUUGCCUACCCACUGUCUUCAGUGAAGCCUUGCAGAUAGCUCAUUGAACAGGGUAGAGGAAGGGAGGGGAACAAUGGCCGAAUCUAGCCUGGGAGGGAGAACCAGAGGGCCAGAGUACCAGCAAUGUGCCAGGAAUAUCCCAGGUGGAUUUUCCAAGUCCCUUGGCUUCUGAGACCUCAUCACCCUCCACUGCCCAAGGACAGUGAAUCAACAAAUCAGUGUUCAGAUGUGUUCACGAAUCUGUUCUGUGCAUGGACUAUACCUGACAGUGGUGGUGAGGUAGCCUUGGGCUGCCCUGGGCUGUCCCUCCCUCUAUCCAGUCUUAAAAAGGGAUCUUUGGAACCUAACCAAUAGCCUCAAAUUUACAAGUGCCUUGGCAUGUACAGCUGACAAAUGUCCUAGCUCGGUGGUGUUGCAGCCUUCUCUUCAGCCAGGGUGCAUAGCCAGCCCACAGUGGUGCCAGCUCUUCUAAGGAGACACUGGACACAACAACUCCACAGGAGCCCCAGCCACCACCUCUCACCCUGCAGCUCCUUUGCAAUGCCACUCAACACCAGAAGCCACCCCUGCCCUUCCUCCCUUGGCUGUUCACCCAGUGCUCUCCUGCAGACCAUAUUGGUAGAAUGCCAGAGGAACCAUUGACCUCAUUCGGAUCCUCAUCAGAUCCCUAGCCCCGUGAUGCCAGGGGAAUUUCUCCAGGUCUCAUGAAAACAAAGCUAAUAUUGUGAAGCUCGAAAUCUCCUUGGGAAAAAAUAUAAUUCUGCCGUGAAGAUGAAAAUAAAACAGGAGAGAAAACACUGGAAAACUCCUUUUUCUUUCCUGUUUUCCUUGCUCACUGCCAACCUAGAGUGCCAAGAAGAGGUAUUGUGACAGAUAUGGAAGCCCCCAUGUCUCUCUUUCCCCAGCAGCUAUACUAGGGGCUUGGGUGCAGCAAGGGAAUUUCCUGCUUUCUGAACAAGGGCUUGCUUAAAGAGCACAGAGUCUCAUAUCUCCCUGGUGCCUCUAAUGAGACUGCCAGGUGGGAGCUGCCUUUCCCUGGGGCUAGGCUGAUGUCCCUGUUCAGUGGUUCCUUCACAGGUGGCUGCCACUUUAGAUGCAGGUAAAGGAUGCUCAGAAUUGGAUACUGAGACUUACAGAAAAUUUGAUAUCUUUUUAAAAAUGCGUGUGUGUGUGUGUGUGUGUGUGUGCAAGCAUGUGCAUGCUAAAGGGCAAAGAGGGGAUCCUACCAUAAGGAAAGCGGAAGAACUUAUGUCUUAUCCUCCCCUCAAGCUUUUUGUCCGAGGGGCUGGACCUCGCUACCAUGUGGGAGGUCAGACAGAGGAGAAUGAAAGCUAAGAAAAGGCUCAGCCUCAGUUCCACCUGCUGAUCACUGGGGCUGUGUACUGCUAUUUAGGUCCUCCUUGUGGGAUGAGAAUAGAGAUGUGGAGGGAAUUGCCUGGGAUACCAUUUGGGAAAGAAGGGCUGGUCAUCCCAGGGCCGUGGAUUCGGGAUACUUUUUUAUCCAUUGCCUGGUACCAGCAUCAAGGUUCUCUCUCCUUCCAUCUCUGAAAUGUUUGUUGUGAAAUGAGUAUUGUUAAAUUGGAAACUCAAAGAGAUCAGUCCUUAGUGGUGAGACCUUCAGAAAGGAGAAAGGAAGUAAUAUGUGUGAUUUUCUUAAUAAAAUUUUUCUCGAUGCCCAACUCUGUUGUGUCCUAGUCUUGUAGCUACUGUACGAGGAGGUAGGCAGGCUUGGUGUGGGG